AUGUCUUCACCGCCGCCUAACCCGUCUCUCCCGCUGCCGGUCACCUCGUCGCCGACCACCACGACCGUCGCCCCGCUCCUGCCCGCGCCGGGAUCCUCCGUCGCGCCUGCCCCCGCCGUCCUCACCUCGGAGGAAGUGUCCGGGGCGCCGCGGGACCUAAACCAGGCGGUCCAGGAGAUCCGCCUGUUCUUGUGGCAACCGCCGCUUCUGGCGGCCUCUGCCGUGCUCGUCGGGCCGCUGCAGCUGCCAUCCACCGCCCCGCCCUGGCUGCUGUGGCAGCCGCCGCUCCUGGUGGCCUCCGCUGCGCCCGGCGCUCUGCCGCCGCAGCCGCUGCCGCUGCCCGACGCGACACCGCAGCAGCUGCAGCGGCCCCCGCCGGUCAGCUCCGGCCCCACAUCGACCGCGCCGACGGGAGUCCCGGCCCACCAGAUCAAGUUCCCACCAUCGCCAUCACCGCUUUCCCAGGGCGUCCCCAUCCAGCAGAUCAAGUUCCCGUCGUCGCCGUCACCGCUUCCGGCUUGGAUCGCUACCCACCACGUGUCGGCGGCGGUGAGGCUGCAGGCUGCUGCGCGCGGUCUCCUAGCGCGUCGGCGUGUGCGGGAGAUGCGUGGUUUGCAGCUGCCGCUCCUCCCAGUUGUCCUUCGUUGCACAAAGGACCUCGAUCUCGUCCCCACGAAUAGCGACCUCAAAGUCUACGACAUCGGCGUAUGGGCUACCAUCAGCGCGACAUUACAGGGUGGCGACUUCGGCCUCUGUGGUCGCAAGUUUUCUAAAAAGCAACAUGGAUGA